CAAACUCAGGGAAAAUGGCAAACAUUUGAAUCCCAAAGACCGCCAUUUCCUCUUCGCUAUCCGACAAAGUUUUCCCUCUCUUUUUCCCCUUUGUCCCCCAACCUUUCGUCUCCUAACCCUAAUUCCUAUCUUCUACAAAAACCCCCUGUUUUCUCCGCUCUGAAAAAUCCAGCCUUUUUUCUCUCUCUCAAUCUCAUCAACGAUCAGGUCAGUCCAGGUCUCUCUCCGAUUUGCCAAUCGAUUUUUUUUUUGUUACUCGAGGUUUUUCAGGGUGACGAGGUUAUGGAUCCGACGAGGGUCAUUUAGUGUGUCUGAUCAGUUCUCGUAUAUCUUCCGUCACAUAUGUCUGGUUUUCUGAGAAAUUCGUUGAAGGUCUGAAGCUCUGGGUUCCUCUGAUUUCGUCCCCAGAUGACCAGAAUGGUUCAAAAGUUGUCAUUUUUUCCCCUCUCGAAUCUCGAUCCAAUAAAAUAUCUGAUGCAGGGAACGUGUUUACUUGUCAACCGAACUUUAUUACAAAACAUUCUGAGCAGAUUUGAUCAUUUUUUGACUAGAUGAAUGUAAUAAUUUUCUUCAACUCCUUUUUUUUUCCCUCAGAUCCCCAGAUGGACGCUCACACAAGGGCUGCGUCAGAAAACUUGGGUUCAUGUCGCUGGCCCGAGAAUUCCAAAUGGGUUGCAGAAGUUUUAACAGCUGUUGAAGGUGUGGAUAAAAGAUGGUUAUGUGUUGCAGAGAUGGAUCGAAAUAUCCAAAAGAUGUUGAAACUGGUAGUAGAGAACGAUGAAUCCUCGGCAGUGAAUCACGAGGAGAAUCAAUCUGAGUCGUCGGGGAAUGCCAAGGAAUUUAACUGCAUCUAUAGGUCUCUUGCUGAGCGUUAUGACCAGUUAUCUCAGGAGCUGCUGAAGAGUGCCCAUCUGUCAGGUUCAGACCACAAUGCUUCUUCCCCUGCAACUCCAAGAGGGCACUUGGGCUCACUCAAGUCUGGUAGACUGCCUGUCUCUUUCGGUUCUGGUAGCGGCAGUUCCGAUAUUUCACUUAAUGUAGAUUCCGACUCUUCUUCUGAGUUUGAAUCGGAAUCAGGAGCCUUUUACUCGUCUCUCAAUCACCACCUGGUCUCUCCUGGAACCGGUGAAAGCCUAAGCCAGGUGGUGAAAGAAGGAGAGAACUCUCUUGGGGAAGAAAGCUCUACGAAGAUAAUGAAACAGUUGAGUUACAGAGAACUGACGAAGAAAAUUGCCGAGUACGAGGAAGACUUGAGGACUGUCAACUUUAAGCUCCAAGAUUCAGAACGCGAGAUCGAGAAACUCAAGGCCGAGAUUAAGAAGAGCGAGUGUGCAGUUGCACUUGCCGAGAACCUGAGUGCUGAGCUUGAAAAAGCAGGCAGAGAAAUAGAACUAAGGGAUGCAGUGAUCGGGACUGAAAAAAGACGGGUCUUUGAGCUGCAAGGGCAGGUGCUUGACUUGGAGACUAAACUCGCGGACUCAAGUUUAAAGUUUGAGAAUUUAGUGAGUGAGCUCGAGGUGAGUAGAGAAUGUCUUGAUGCAUCAGAUGCAGAGAUUUCAAAGCUAAGGGAAAUGUUGAGUGAUUGCCAGCAGAAUUUCUCUGCUGAGAAACAAAGAAUGGAGACCGAUAUCGCUUGCUUGUUAGAAAGGCAGGAUUUCUUAGAUGCUCGGGCCAGAGAACUCGAGUCCUAUGCAAAGUCGUUGGAUGAUCAAAUCAGGAACUCUAAUACCGAGAAAACGGUAAUGGGAGCUUCAUUUCAGGCAAAAGAGGCUCAGUGGCAAGCUGAAAUCACUACCCUGAAGAUAGAUUUAGCCUCACGGGCCGAGCAUAUUGAAACCUUGAACAAAGACUUUGACAAGCACAAGCUGAGUUACGACAUGCUCAGAGCGGAGAAAGACGAGGUCUCUGCCAAAGCAGACAAUCUAAACGCAGAACUGAGAUCAAGAAACAUACAGAUCGGGCAAAUGGAGGAACACCUGAACCAGUUGCAGCAUAAGCAGAAUGAACACGUGUCUGAAUCAGGAACCGCCAAGAGACUCUCAGAAGAAUUGAGGGUCAGAGUCCAGGAACUCGAAAAAGAGGCUGAGUUGCAGAGAAAUGCGAUAUCGGAAGGAGAAGAAGAGAAAAGAGAAGCGAUAAGACAACUGUGUUUCUCUCUAGAUCAUUACAGAAGCGGAUACAGACAGCUUGUACGGUCACUCUCCAGCAACAACAACAAGAGACAAGUAGCCAUUGCCGUGUGAAUCAGAUUUUGCUACUGUGUUCAUUCAUUACAGUAAGUUUCCUAGUUUAUAUAAUCUCUAUCAAUAUCUUGUCUUUAUAUCCUGUAAUGUUCUUCAGACAAAAACACAUCUUCCCUCAGUUUGUUCUUCCGAAGAAUUUAA